AUCCAUCUCACGGGUUCUGCCUCUUUUCUGGAGUUAAACUUUUCUGAAGACACCACCAGCCCCAGGCCCUGCUGGUCUCUCCAGAGCAGAAGCAAAGCGGGAGGGAGCCCGCUGAGGGCCGGGCUGGCCCAUGCCCGGGAGCUCCAAUGUCCUCAGGUCACUUGGAGAGCCCAGCUCCGUGGAGGCCAAGGCCACCGGUGCCCGCAGCUGACCCCAGGAAGCACCAGGCCAGCCACUGCAGGGGAUCAAAUGGCAAGACUGUGCCCUGCCUUCAGGGGCCCGUAGCCUGUGAGCUUUCCUAGUCCCACCAGGAGCCACUGUCCCAGUGUCCUCCUGCCUCCACCCUUGCCAUCGGUCCCCCAGCUGACCCGUCACCAUGGCAGCCCUGAUCGCAGAGAACUUCCGCUUCCUAUCACUCUUCUUCAAGAGCAAGGAUGUGAUGAUUUUCAACGGGCUGGUGGCACUGGGCACGGUGGGCAGCCAGGAGCUGUUCAGUGUGGUGGCUUUCCACUGCCCUUGCUCACCAGCCCGAAACUACCUGUAUGGGCUGACAGCCAUCGGUGUGCCCGCCCUGGUGCUCUUCCUCAUCGGCGUCAUCCUCAACAACCACACCUGGAACCUGGUUGCCGACUGCCAGUACCGGAGAACCAAAAACUGCUCGGCCGCCCCCAACUUCCUCCUUCUAAGCUCCAUUGUGGGCCGCGCAGCCGUGGCCCCCAUCACCUGGUCUGUCAUCUCUCUGCUGCGCGGUGAGGCCUAUGUCUGUGCUCUCAGCGAAUUCGUGGACCCCUCUUCGCUCACAGCUGGGGAAGACAGUUUCCCACCGGGCCAGGCCACAGAAAUCCUGGCCAGGUUCCCGUGUGGGGAGGGCCCUGCCCACCUGUCAGAUUCCCGGGAAGAGGUCAGCCGCAGGCUCAAGUACGAGUCCCAGCUCUUCGGGUGGCUGCUCAUCGGUGUGGUGGCCGUCCUGGUGUUCCUGACCAAGUGCCUCAAGCACUACUGCUCACCACUCAGCUACCUCCAGGAGGCCUACUGGGCGCAGUACCGGGCCAACGAGAACCAGCUCUUCCAGCGCACGGCCGAGAUGCACUCACGGGUGCUGGCUGCCAACAACGUGCACCGCUUCUUCGGCUUCGUGGCACUCAACGAGGAUGACGAGAAGCUGGUUGCCAAGUUCCCGGUGGAAGGCACACAGCCACGGCCACAGUGGAACGCCAUCACCGGCGUCUAUUUGUACCGUGAGAACCAGGGCCUUCCACUCUACAGCCGCCUGCACAAGUGGGCCCAGGGUCUGGCGGGCAACGGCACGGCCCAAGACAACAUAGAGAUGGCCCUGCUCGCCUCCUAAGGGUCCUGUUCCCACACUCUUUGCCAAUGACACUACCUGGUCCCAAACAAAACCCCAUGGUCUGUUCACAUCAGCAUCAGAGGGGAAUUUUUUUUUUAGGGGGUGGGGUGGGGCGCUUUGUGGGAUCUUAGUUCCCCAACCAGGGACUAAACCUGCACCCUCAGCAGUGAAAGUGUGGAGUCCCAACUACCUGACUGCUAGGGAAUUCCCCAGAGGGGAUUUUUUUUUUUUUUUUUAACCAUAGCUUUUGGGGGAAACAGGCCAGGAAAAAGGAACACAAAGUAAAACUGGGGAACAGAUGUGAGAGCUAGUAGACAACAUGGUCAGCUCUGGCAGGAAGGCUCUCAGACCUGAAGAAAUUCCUUCUCCAGUUGCCACCAGCCACAUGGUCAACAGCUUUGGAGAAAAGACCCUUUCCCAGAACUGGUCCUUAAUUAACCAUGAUGUGGAUGACCUUCGACUGGUAGGACCCAGUCCCACCGGUCUGGGAAGCCCCGGACAGCAGAGCCAGGUGACAAUGAAACUCACCAGCAGGCUCCUUGUGCGGAACAUUGUGUGUAACUGCAUAUGGACACCUGGCCCGGUGCUGCUCAGCUGGGAAGCAGCCCCCAAUGUACGCCUCUAGCUUUAUUUUCUAUAAAUUUUUGAUAAAGCUUUUCUUAGUAUAAA